UGGCAGAGACUAGGACGCCCCCCCGGAUGAAUGGGGCCGGGGCUGACCGCGAACUACAGCUCCUCGGCCCGCAGCGUUGGUGGUGGCCGCCGGGGAAGGGGAGACUGCGGCGGCCCCGGGGAAGAGUUCCGUUCUGGGAAGGUGGCGAUGUUCUGUGCCGUGGCCGAGGCAGCAGCUCGGCUUCCUGGGGUAGCGGUAUAGGCGGGCGCUUCCUCUGCGCGCUCGACCCCCUUCCCCUGCACCGGCAUGCGCCCGCUCUGCGCUGUGGGCCUGGUUUUCGCAGGCUGCUGCAGUAACGUGAUCUUCCUAGAGCUCUUGGUCAGGAAGCAUCCAGGAUGCGGGAACAUCGUGACAUUUGCACAGUUCUUAUUUAUUGCCGUGGAAGGCUUCCUCUUUGAAGCUGAUUUGGGGAGGAAGCGGCCAGCUAUCCCAAUAAGGUACUAUGCCGUGAUGGUCACCAUGUUCUUCACGGUCAGCGUGGUGAACAACUACGCCCUGAACCUCAACAUCGCCAUGCCCCUGCACAUGAUAUUUAGAUCCGGUUCUCUAAUUGCCAACAUGAUUCUAGGAAUUAUCAUUUUGAAGAAAAGAUACAGUAUGUUCAAAUAUACUUCCAUCGCCCUGGUGUCUGUGGGGAUAUUUAUUUGCACUUCCAUGUCAGCAAAGCAGGUGACUUCCCAGUCCAGCUUGAGUGAGAAGGAUGGAUUCCAGGCGUUUGCGUGGUGGUUACUAGGUAUCGGAGCACUGACGUUUGCUCUUCUGAUGUCGGCCAGGAUGGGUAUUUUCCAAGAGACUCUCUACAAACAGUUUGGGAAACACUCCAAGGAGGCUUUGUUUUAUAAUCAUGCCCUUCCCCUGCCUGGAUUCAUCUUCUUGGCUUCUGAUAUUUAUGACCAUGCCGUUCUUUUCAACAAGUCUGAAUUAUACCAAGUUCCAGUCGUUGGUGUCACAGUGCCCAUCAUGUGGUUCUACCUCCUCAUGAAUGUCGUCACCCAGUACGUGUGCAUCCGGGGCGUCUUCAUCCUCACCACAGAGUGCACCUCCCUCACCGUCACACUCGUCGUGACUCUUCGCAAGUUUGUGAGUCUCAUCUUCUCCAUCUUGUACUUCCAAAACCCGUUCACUCGGUGGCACUGGCUGGGCACCUUGUUUGUCUUCAUUGGGACCCUAAUGUACACAGAGGUGUGGAACAACCUAGGGACCACAAAAAGCCAGCCCCAGAAGGAGGACAAGAAGAACUGAGCUCUGCCUGGGAGACCGGUGUCGCCAUGAGCCAGGGUCUAGCACAGUCUGGCUGCCAUUUCACUUUUGUUAACGCUGACUUAGCCUCCGGCACCGAACCAGCCACGCACCAGAGAAUCCUCAGAAGGCGGGGACAUCUCAGAUUUCACAUGGCUUUACAGACCAACAUGGGUGGAAUAGAAACCUCACACCCCUAAAUUAGAAAAAAUAAUAGGUCUCUACUAUUGAACCACCUGUUUGUUACCUCUGUCUUGUUUACCAAAAUAUUCGGUACUAUACUUGUUUAUUGGAUUGAGUCUCCAGAGCUACUAGUUUUAUAUCCACAGUCUUGGACAAAGUUAUCCCUUUUGUUGUUGUUCUCAUGAUUGUCUGCCAUAAGUCACCAUCAUCCUGUGUCCUUGUCCUUUUGUUCUGACACCCCGCCACUCCUCCAUGGCGCUUUUCAGUCGGUCACGCGCCCCUGGCAUCAUCAGGAACGACCGAGUGGCCAAGUGAAUGAAGACACCGGUGACGCUGGGGCUGGACCUUCUCCCGCAUCUUGGGAAAGUGGUGGUUGUCCCUGUGAGCCGAGCCCUGGCGACAAUGGAGCAGGACUGGGGGAACCCUUUCCCACAUUCUAUUUUGUUUUCUAUGCAAAAUCACAUGCCUUUUGCAUCUGUGGCUUUCUGUGCUUAGAACCAACCUGCAGCAUACCUCUGUGGCGCAGUGUUAACAAGGGAAAAAGUUGCAUAUGAAUUGGGAGAGAGACCUUUUUUCCCUUACUCUUCUACAUGAAGCCCAUGAGCCUAGAACUGGUGACACCAGGGUGGCCCAGGAGAAGCUGGCCCUGGGCAUCACCCAGAGCUACAGCUUCUGCUCCACAGGUCCUCACAGAGCUCCUCCCAAGAAGGUUUAAGCCUACAAUUCUGAUAGUCGCGAGCAGGCUGAUGAGUAGGCUAAAAUGCAGUGUUGGUGUGUAAAUCAGGUCGAAUCACAACUGAAAUGGAAAGUUU